CGUUAUUCGUUAUGAGGAACAAUACUUUGUAUAAUUAAUGUUGAUCGGUGCCUAACGACGCAGUUGUUUAUUAUUCGCGCAACAUGCUGGCGCGGUGUCUGGCUGUAGCCGCUGUGGCAGUUUUGGCUUCUGCAGGGCCACCGAGUCCGAUCUACAGGCCCUGCUACUUGGACGAUUACAAAUGCAUCUCCGACCACCUGGCCGCGAUCUCGAAAUGUAUCCCGGGCAGAGGGCAGAUCCCCUCGCAGUACGAGAUACCGGUGUUCCGGUUUGAAAUACCAUACUUCAACGCCACCUACGUCGACCAUAAUCUCAUUACCCGUAACCACGACAAAUGCCGGGUCAGCGAAUUUUAUGACAAUGUGAGAACUUUAAAAACAGUUUUAACCGUGGACUGUCCGUGGCUGAACUUUGAAUCCAACCGGACCUUGGCUCAGCACAUGUCGUUCAAGGAAGACGUCGUCUUAAGCUUCUACAUCAAUGGAUCUUAUCCUUUGAUCAGGCUAACGACAGUGUUUGAUAAGGGCAACAAUUUCGACUUGUGUUCGGCUUUCACGUUCGCAGACCUGGCCGGGGGUCUGCCCAUCUUCCACAUUAACCCUAAUGACCAACGCACAGCGCAGUGGUUGUCUAAAGAUCUGACCCUGCUGCACAUUUACGAGAGAGAGCACAUCUUCGGAAAGAGGAACUGGCUGGCGAGGUCCUUCAUCAGCAGAACACUCUGCGACUUCGGUUGCCACCACUGAGCGACAUUUCUCCAACAUAAUAUUCUAUUUCGCAAAUACUUUUCGACAUAUGGCCUUUUCGCAUUAAAAGUGUACAAUUUUCAAAAAUAUAUAAAUAUAUGCGGAAUCAUUUGGUAUCACUAGUAUUUUUCUCAUAAAUACUGUCAAAAGAGCGUAGUUUAGUUUUAGUUUACUUAUGUUUCGACUACUAUUCACAAAAUUAAUACAUAAUUUUAU